AUGGUAUUUGCACAUCAGUCCCUGACUGUAUGUAUUUUAGCUACAAUUGGUCUUACUGUUCUUGGUCAACAAGCAUGCGAAGAUUUUGCACCGGAUGCAAAUAACUGCACCAAAUUCAUACGAUGCUUUGGUAAUAUUCGAAUUCGAUUCACAUGUGCUGCUGGUACAGCUUGGGAAAAUUCACUGAAAACAUGUGUAUGGACAGAACAAGUUGAAGCAUGUAAACGUGUUCACCAACAACGUAAUAUUGAAACCGAAACUACCAAUGGCAUGAUCAUCUACGAUGCUGAUGAAGAUGCACUUAACAACAUUGCUGUCGGUCGAACAUUAGAUGAAGCUCGCGCGCUUGGCCCAAUUGUUACACCAAAACAAUACGGAUGCUCAUUUUGUGGUACUGGCGUUUGUGGUAUCAUUGUUAAUACAAUCCAAUGCAUUUGUGGUAACAAUCAAUGUCCACCAGCACCUACUCAACCACCAACUAUUCAACCACGCAAUCCGUGUGCAGUCAACCCAUGUCUCAACGGUGGUCAAUGUAUACCUUCAGGACAAGGAUUUAUCUGCAACUGCCCACAAACACAUACUGGAAAUCGUUGUGAAGCACCAGCUCGAACACCAUGCCAACCAAAUCCAUGUCAAAACGGUGGUGUAUGCAUUCCACAAGGUUCAUCGUUCUUCUGCCAAUGCCCACCAAUGUACAAUGGUCUCUGCUGUGAGACCCGUAUUACCACCACAACACCUUACAAUCCAUGUGCACAAUCACCAUGUCAAAACGGUGGUGUAUGUAUACCACAAGGUUCAUCGUUCUUCUGCCAAUGCCCGCCAAUGUACAAUGGUCUCUGCUGUGAGACCCGUAUUACCACCACAACACCUUACAACCCAUGUGCACAAUCUCCAUGCCAAAACGGUGGUGUAUGCAUUCCACAAGGUUCAUCGUUCUUCUGUCAAUGCCCGCCAAUGUACAACGGUCUCUGCUGUGAGAACCGUAUUACAACAACUACACCAUACAACCCAUGUGCUCAGUCACCAUGUCAAAACGGUGGUGUAUGCAUUCCACAAGGUUCUUCAUUCUUCUGUCAAUGCCCGCCAAUGUACAACGGUCUCUGCUGUGAAAAUCGUAUUACAACAACUACACCAUACAACCCAUGUGCUCAAUCGCCCUGUCAAAACGGCGGUCAGUGCAUUCCAAAUGGCAAUUCAUAUCUCUGUCAAUGUCAAACCGGUUUCUAUGGUACUCGCUGUGAGUCGCGUAACUACUGUAUGCCCAAUCCAUGUUCUAACAAUGGCAUUUGUACACAAACAACGGCUGGAUAUAUUUGCUCAUGUUCGUAUCCAUUCACUGGCACUAAUUGUCAACAAAUAAUUAGUACAACUACAACAGCAACAACAACUAUCGCAACACGCGCGCCAUGUGGAGGUAGUUGUGCAUGUGUUGUGAUUCCAUGUCCGAUGGUAGUGAUUACGAAUCCAUGCGCACCAAAUCCAUGUCAAAACAUGGGCGGAUGUUCUGUGCAGAAUAAUGCAGCUAAAUGUUGGUGUCCAGAUAGUUACCAAGGAUACUAUUGCCAAUUCCGUCGAGCAGCCCGAUCAUUGACAUCAAGACGUUGCAACUUAACCUGUUUGAAUGGCGGUGAAUGCUAUACCGAUGAACAACAAGGAGGACAAGCUCGUUGUUCGUGUCCAAACGAAUACUACGGAGAACGAUGCGAACUUAUGAAUCGACCCAAAUCUUGUUCACCAAGUAAUCCAUGUAUGAACAAUGGUAAAUGUAUAACGGCAAGUGCUGGUGCACAAUGUGUCUGUCAAAAGGGUACAUCAGGUGUUUUAUGUGAGCGAAUUGAACAAUCAGAUAAUGCAAAAUACUGUCCACUCAAAUGUCAAGCCGGUGGUCUGUGUGUCUUUGUCGGUUCAACAGCAGAAUGCCGUUGUCCAUCUGGACGAGUCGGUCGUUUCUGUGAACUUAGUGCUUAA